AUGCAGCGAGUACAUGUAGAUUGUGGAGAGACGUAUGCACCGACUGUAGUAGCGAUUUCUAGCGUUCGCUUGUUGGCAGCGAUGGCGUGUGAGCAAAAUCUUUCUCUUCGUCAUUUCGACAUCAAGCAAGCGUUUGUCCAGUCGGAUUUGGGUGAGGAUGUUUUCAUGCGUCUGCCAGAGGGAUGUGGUAGAUUGUCAGGGAUGAUAGUGAAGUUGAACAAGAGUCUGUAUGGCCUUAAACAGGCAUCAAGGCAAUGGCAUUCACACUUGGCGAGGUGUUUGAUUUGUUUGGGUUUUAUUCAGUGUUUGGCGGAUACGUUUGUGUUUCGGUUGAUCGAGGAGGGAAGAGUGGUAGUGACUCUGGUAGUACAUGUGGAUGGCAUAUUUUCGAUUGGAGAGGAGGAGAGGUGUGACCAAUUUGGUAGGGAACUCAACACGAUGGUACCGGUGAAGAAUCUUGGUGACUUGAGGUGGUACUCUGGAUGUUUUUAUGAGGGAUUGGGAUGCAGGGACUUUGAAGAUCUCGCAGCAGACGUACGCUGAAGAGUGGGGGAUGGAGUUGGGGUAGAGUACGGGAAGGAAAUUCCUCAUCCUGUAGGGUUGAAGCUUUCUGAGUUUGACCAGGAUGAGGAAGUUGUUUCAUGGCCUUUUCGCGAGCUGAUAGGAUCACUGAUGUGGCUGGCAACGCAAACGAGGCGAUAUCGCGAAUGCAGUAAGACCNUGGGAUGCAGGGACUUUGAAGAUCUCGCAGCAGACGUACGCUGAAGAGUGGGGGAUGGAGUUGGGGUAGAGUACGGGAAGGAAAUUCCUCAUCCUGUAGGGUUGAAGCUUUCUGAGUUUGACCAGGAUGAGGAAGUUGUUUCAUGGCCUUUUCGCGAGCUGAUAGGAUCACUGAUGUGGCUGGCAACGCAAACGAGGCGAUAUCGCGAAUGCAGUAAGACCGGUAGCACGGUACUGUGCUUCUCCCAAAGAAAUUCAUUGGAGAGCAGGUCUUGGCAUUUUGGGGUAUGUGGUAUGGCGUUUCAUGUUGCCAGAAGCAGAUGUGCCGUGUAUUCCGGUAUUCGAGGAUAACCAGGGGGCUAUUCAGUUGGCGCAGAACCCGAUUAGAAACAGUAACUCGAAGCACAUCAACGUUAGGCACCACUUUUUACAGGGAACUGGUAGGCAGGAUGGAGAUUUCGAUUUUUCACGUGGAAUCAGCGUAUCAACAUGCUGACUUCCUCGCGAAGGCACUUCACGUCGGAGAUUUUGAGUUUCAUCCUAAUUUCGUGAUGAGUGUGGCACAGGAACGGUAGAUUUUGAUUUACUUGUGUUUGAUCAAAGAACUAGGGUGGCAUUGUUUUACAUUUUUGCCUAUGGUCUUCUCAAUGAAUGGUGGUCUAGGAUGGGGGGCAAUUGGAUCGCUAUGAUUAUCGAAAAACUACAACUGGAAUGAUCGGGGAUGGAAAUAUAUUUCUAGCCCAGAAGGCUAUUGUUGCAGGUUUGAGGUGUGUUUUGGAUUAUAUUCUUGUGUUUUGGAGUAGUUACUGAAAGAUCAUGAAGACAUGGUAUAGUCACAAGCAGGGGGGCUGAUAGA